CGGCGCUGCUCGUACCCAGGACACCGCCAGGCCCUGCCUCUGCUCCAACCGGCAGCAGCGGCACUACCGGGGGGAGGGCGGGCUCCUGUCUGCAUGACGCAGCCGCACCCCUGUCCAAUGGCAUUAGGCUACGUAGCCCUCCCCCCUUGGGAUGGGGCCCGUCCGCGCGGAGCCUGCUGGGUGUCGUAGUCCGUGGGGUGGGGCCGGCCCCACAUCCCCGCUGCCUGCCCUGGGGCGCGGGCGCUGCCGGGACUACAGCUCUCAGGGGGCAGCGCGGCGGGCGGGGCCUCCCUUCCCUCAGCUCUGCCCCGCCUUCAGCGCGCCGCGAUUGGACUGGAGGUGCCGGCGCGAUGGAGCGGCUGCUGCUGCUGGUGCUGCUCGUGUGCGCCCCGCGCCCGCUUUGCCCGGCCCGGGCCGGCGGCUGGGCGGCCGGGGCGCUGGCGGAGGAGCGGCGCUGCACGGUGGAGCGGGCGGACGCGGCGCUGAGCUACGCGCGCUUCGUGGAGCGGUAACGGGGGCCCCGUGGGGCGGGGCGGGGCGCUGGGGACCGCGGCGCCGGGCUCAGCGCUCCGCUCCCGCAGGUUCGCCUUCUCCCGGCCCGUCGUCAUACGCGGCCUCACGGACAACGCGGCUUUCCGGGCGCUGUGCACCAGGGACCGGCUGCUGGCGGCCUUCGGGCAGCGCCGGGUGCGGCUCAGCACCGCCAACACCUACUCGUACCGCAAAGGAGUACGUGGAGCACCUGCUGGAGCCUCAGGACCUGGAUCUGCUGGGCAGUGACACACUCUACUUCUUCGGGGACAACAACUUCACCGAGUGGGGCUCCCUCUUCCAGAAGUAUGUGCCCCCGCCCUUCCGCUUGCCCGGCACCACCAGUGCCUACAGCUUCGGCAUUGCUGGCUCCGGCUCAGGGGUGCCCUUCCACUGGCAUGGCCCUGGGUUCUCCGAGGUGAUCUUUGGCAGGAAGCGCUGGUUCCUGUACCCACCAGAGCACACACCUGAGUUCCACCCCAACCGGACGACGCUGUCCUGGCUGCUGGACACAUACCCGCGGCUGCCCCCUGAGGCACGGCCCUUAGAGUGCACCAUUCGCCCAGGCGAGGUCCUGUACUUCCCUGCCCGCUGGUGGCAUGCCACACUCAAUUUGGACACAAGCGUUUUUAUCUCCACCUUCCUGGGGUAGUGCUGAGCUGUGCCCUGCCCCCAUUGCUGUUGGCUCCCCACAGCUGAAGAGUCCAUGUGCUUCCUGCCCCAGAUAGAAGCUGUGAUGCUGCUGUGUUGUAGCACCCCUCUGCCCUCUUCCAUGGGCCAUUGCAAUGGAGACCUUUGUGUGAGCACCUGGAUAGGCACAGCACCUGUGUGCACUAGCCCCUUGUGAGGGGUGGGGAGUGCAACUGUUCCAGGCUGUGGCUCAGUGGCCUGACCCUUGUCCUCAUGAAGGGUCGAAUCUCCUAAGCCUAGGCGCUCACAAGCAGUGCUCCUCUGCAGCUGGACCCUACUUCAGCAUCUGUUUGUUCUUCCAUUCCUCUCUUCCCCUUGACCUGGGGCUACAUUCCAGCAGCUCCAUGACCAAAUGAGCCCAGGGGAGGGCACCUUCUCUUCUGAGUUUAGUUUAUCUUCUUGCAUGUUACACUGCUCCAAGUGUUUGAGCAACAAGGCCAGUUUCAGAAGGCAGCUCCUGGGGACUAGCAGACUGGAGUGCUGUCAGUGAGCAGCUUCUACCAGGGCACCUUAGCAGUGGACCAGCUCCCUAGCUUAUGGCACAUCCCAGCUAGGCAAGGGUGGGGUAAACUGGGAAGUGGGGGGGGGGGGGGGGGGGGGGGGCGGGGUGUCCCUCUGCUGAGCCUGACCUCAUAUAUGCUGUGCCCCCAGCCCCCAUGGUGCCUCCUGGAAAAGCCAAGGGACCAGCUCUUUUUGUGCAGCCACUGGCAGGGAUUUGCUUACAUACUGACUCAGGCAUAGGGGACAGGACUGAAUACUUGACAUUGUUUAGGUUAUUUAUUGGGGUUUUUUGCCCUGUUACUCUUUGGAUUAAAAAAAUGUAGAUGACUAUAA